CCGCCGCUGACCCAGUCUUCCGUCAUGGCAACCGACCCAGACAUCGUCAUUCUGAUGCCUGCUCUCAGUUACCCCAAAGCAAGAGCCAAAGAAAAUGGCAAGCACAUACAGAAUGACAUACAUAAUGAAGACAACGAUAAUGAACAAGACAACAACAGAGACAACAACAACAAUAACAACACUAAUGAUAACAGCAUAGAUGAUAUCAAUAACAGCAAUGACGAUUUCAACAACAGCAAUAACGAUAACAGUAUUGAUGACGAUGACGAGUCUACUACUCCCUCAUCACCUCCUCGUCGUCGUUUGUCGUAUUUGGACCCUUCGACACCUUCCCGCCAUCUCCGGACUCCGUCGCUGUAUUCACACAAUUACUCACUACUUGAUAUCUACGACUCUCCUUCAUCGGAGCGUUCAUCCAUGGCUCCGUUAGCUACAGGGGGUCUUAUCGAUACGUCCAUUAUGAAAGGGUUGGAUGACCUAGAGUUCAAAGAACUUUCUAACGACACAACAAUUUUCGCCAGGCACACCAUAGAUUCCUUCCCUGAACUUGACAUUCUGGACCAGGAAAGCGAAUCUUACGUUCAGCCCACUGAUCAGGACACUAUUGAUCGUAUACUAGCCUCACCUUAUGACCGCUACGGAUUUAAAAAGACAUCUACACAUCACAACAUCUCUUUGGAGGAUUACAACAAAUGGUUUUCUGAAUAUGCUCAGGAUGCUAUCAGACGUAAGAAGAAGUGGAAUUUGCUUAUGAAAAGCAACGGUCUUCAAUUAGACUCUGCACAAGCUAUACCUACGAGAUUUCCGCCAAAAUCUGACAAAGUCAAAAAGAUGAUCCGCCAGGGCAUCCCAGCAGAAUGGAGAGGCUCGGCGUGGUUUUUCUAUGCGGGAGGAUAUGAUAAGCUAAACAAGCACGUAGGUGUAUACUCCAAGAUUGUUCGUGACACAAAAGAUAUCCAGAAUAAAGAUACAGAGGUUAUAGAGAGAGAUUUAAACAGAACGUUUCCGGACAACAUAUACUUCAACAGCCAUAUUGGUACUGAUGCCAACACUUCAGUGACUACGUUGGGAACAGAAAAUCUGAGAUCGUCAGAAACAGCUAUGGUAAAAACGCUCCGUAGAGUACUUGUAGCAUUUGCCCAUUACCAACCACAGAUUGGCUACUGUCAAUCGCUUAAUUUUCUUGCGGGUUUGCUUCUCUUGUUCAUGGAAGAAGAGAGAGCCUUCUGGAUGUUGGUAAUCUUGACUGAGAGAAUUAUUCCCAAGGUUCAUUCUGCUAACCUUGAAGGGGUACACACAGACCAAGGUGUGCUUAUGCUCUGUGUAAAAGAAUACAUUCCACAACUCUGGGCCAUAUUGGGUAAGAACUUUGAAGGAGAAUCACUCUCUGAGGACAAAAUACUUACCAGAUUGCCUCCUGUUACGCUUGUGACAUCUUCAUGGUUCAUGUCUGUGUUUGUGGGCAACUUGCCUAUAGAGACUACCUUGCGAGUCUGGGAUAUCUUGUGGUACGAAGGCUCCAAGACCAUUUUCAGAAUCUCACUAACUAUAUGCAAAAUGUGUCUUGAGGACCCUGAAUUCCAGAAUUCCAGAAGCUCUAAAGGUAGUGGUGAAAUGGACCAAAUCGAACUUUUCCAGUUCAUGCAGAACUACCCCAAGACGAUACUAGAACCCAACGUACUAAUAGACAACUGUUUUAAAAAGAUCGGCGGGUAUGGAUUUGGGUCACUUUCACAAGAUGAAAUCAACAAAUGCAGAGAAUUUGUUUCUAAACAGAGAGCCAAACUAAACUACAAGAAAUCCAAUAUCACUGCUGAAAUGACCGAGGAAGAGCGCCAGGCUUUAAUUUCCAGUUCUGACAGCACUUUUGGCGCGGAGGACCAGUCUAUACACGAUGUGUACGGCUUCCAUCGUUCGAUCAUGAGUGGAGUAGUGUGGAAUAAGAGCAUAAGCAACAAAAUGAAGCGUAGGUUUGUCAGGCGUACGAGCAGCAGAUCGUAAAAUAGAUACAAACUUGAAGCAC